CUGAAUUCUAUGAGGAGUUGCCUGAGAAGUUAGUACCAUUUUACCACUUCAUGGGUAUCUAUGCAGUUGGUCUCCUCAACUCCCUAUGUGGUGCCGUCCUUUAUUUGAUCUACAUAUACCUAUCUGAAUCUUCUCCUUUGCUUCACCACUUCACAUUUGUUUGCCUUGCGGGCGCCUUCCACUGGUUACCAUCCACUAUCACUGCAUAUGCCGCCAUCACUAGUGACAUUGCAUCCAAUCCCGCAACUUUUGCUUCCUUUAUCGCCAUCGGCUAUGUUGCCCAUGGUCUCAUCCUCGGCCUCCUCACCUGCUUCUUAAACCGUCUUCUCACUGGAAAGCAGGGGAUGAAACAAUCCCACCUGAGAACAUGGCUUCGUCACCGGAUAAAUGUUGCUUGCCACCUCAGAUUUGCCAAGCUUCUCUCAGGAACUGAGGCCUUCUGCAUGUUUCUACGCCUUUUGGGGGCCAAAAUUGGCCAGCACUGUUCCAUAAGGGCCAUCAAUCCAGUCACCGAUCCUGAACUGAUCUCGAUAGGUGAUGGUGUUCAUCUGGGUGAUUUCAGCCGGAUUCUCACUGGAUUCUAUUCUCCUGGGCGGUUCAGUCAUGGAGAAGUCAAGGUUCAAAAUAAUUCGGUGCUCGGAAGCCAAAGCCUUGUCCUCCCAGGCACUGUUAUUCAAGAAGACGUCAUUCUUGGAUCUCUUUCAAUUGCACCUGUGAAUUCUGUUCUCCAAAGUGGCGGCAUCUAUAUGGGCUCUCAGACCCCAAUCAUGGUCAAGAACACCUUGCAUGCUUCCGACGAGAGGAUCGAAGAGAUGGACCAGAAAUAUAAGAAGAUUGUUGGAAAUCUUGCUGGAAACUUGGCCAUUACAACUAUGAAUGCGAAUUCAAGGUACUUCCACCGCAUCGGUGUUGGAGGGAGAGGAGUCCUGAAGCUGUACCAAGACUUGCCAGGAUUUCAGAAACACAAGAUAUUCUGUGCUGGGAAGUGUCUCCCAGUAAUAAUUCGGCACAGCAACAGUCUGAGUGCAGAUGAUGAUGCUAGGAUCGAUGCACGGGGUGCCGCUGUACGAAUUCUAUCACAAGGCAGUGGAGAAGCACCUCUCCUUGACCUGACACUGAAGACAGGCAAGACAUUCUAUGCACGUACCAUUGCCGACUUCGCCACUUGGCUUGUCUGCGGCCUUGCUGCUAGAGAACAGCAAGUGAAGCAUGCUCCUCACAUACGUGAUGCUGUCUGGGGCUCUCUGAGGAAUGCAAGCUCAUAUGCUGAGCUGCAUUAUUACUCAAAUAUCUGCCGGCUACUCCGAUUUGAUGAUGGACAGGAGAUGUAUGUGAAGUUCAAACUUCGACCGCUUGAUCCUGAGAUUGGCGAGGAUUCUGGUCUGGUAGAACCAGAGGGGAUACUUCCUCCAGAAACUGGUGCAAUCCCAAGAAAAGAAAAUGACACCCGUCCCUUGCUCUUCCUUGCUGAUGAUUUCAGGAAACGAGUAGAUUCUCCGGGUGGCGUCCACUAUAUAUUUCAGCUGCAAUGCAGGCCAGUCCCUGCAGAUGAAGCUGAUCGCGAAGUCGCUCUUGACUGCACCAAACCAUGGGACGACAUCAAAUUUCCUUACAUCGACAUUGGAGAGAUCACAAUCGAUAAGAAUCUCACUGCUGAAGAAUCCGAGAGGUUGGAGUUCAACCCGUUCCUCAGGUGCCACGAGGUUGAUGUCAUCCGGGCUACUUCAUCUUCGCAGAGUGCAUCCAUCGAUCAUGGUCGUUCAUUGGUCUACGAAGUAUGCCAACACCUACGCAAUGGUCAGCCCCUGCCGGCAGCAUGGCGAAGCUUCCUCGAGCAAUCUGAUGCUAAGGUUGACCUCUCUGGCUGUCCGAUGGCUGCGGCGGUGCAGGCAAAGAAAGGUGGCGAGAGGAGCGGGACCUUGGCGAGGACUUGGUAUCAGAUGCUAUGGGCCACAGCUUGUCAGCCAUUGCUACAGACCUUCCUGCCGUACUUCAUCAUUGGAUUGGUAAUCUUUGGGCCUCUUCAAUGGAUGCUCCUCAUCAACUCAGCGAAGCAGCUACCAUUGCAUUGGCUCCUGCCUCUUUUCUGGGUCAUCUCAGGGAUCAUGGCGGCAUUGGCCUGUGUUCUGGCCAAGUGGGUCCUGGUGGGAAAGAAGAAAGAAGGCCAGACUGUGAUGAUAUGGAGCUGGGGGGUGUUCAUGGACUCGGCGUGGCAGGCCUUGAGGACUGUGGCUGGUGACUACUUUGUGGAGAUGACAAGUGGGUCCAUUCUCUUUGGUGUUUGGAUGAGGCUGAUGGGCUCGGUCAUGGAGGUGGACCAGGGAGUGUAUGUGGACAGCAUGGGGGCUGUGCUCAACCCAGAAAUGGUGGAGAUUGAGGAGGGAGGGGCUGUAGGGAGGGAUGCGCUGCUCUUUGGUCACAUCUACGAAGGGGAAGGGGGAAGGGUGAAGUUUGGGAAGGUCCGGAUUGAGGAGGGGGGCUUUGUGGGGAGUAGGGCUGUGGCCAUGCCUGGAGUGAGGAUAGAGAGUGGGGCGAGCCUCGACGCUCUUUCCCUGGCCAUGAAGGAAGAGGUUGUGAGGUCUAGGUGAUGAAAGGAAGGUUAAUGCACCAUCACACUAAGCUUGAGUAGUAAUAAGAUACAUGUAUUACAGA